AUGUCGCUGGCAACCGUAGCUCAGCAUACGCCCCACCCAAUCACACUGACUCCUGAGGGCGCAGUCUCGAUAUCUUAUCCGACUCUGGUCAAAUCCCCUUAUUCUCUGACCUCCUCCAUCGAGAAGGCGUUUGGGUCGCACCCUGACAGCUUGGGAAUUCUCGUUGUCCGUGAUCUGCCCACUGCUUUCGUUCCCGCAAGAGAGAGGCUGUUGAAGCUCGCAUAUCGCUUCGCCAACCUGGCACCGGAGAUACGUGAGAGAUACGCAGACUCAAAGACCAAUUAUAGCUUUGGCUGGUCUCAUGGCAAGGAAAUUAUGAAUGGAAGGCCUGAUACGCUGAAAGGAUCUUAUUAUGCGAACCCAGUGGUAGACACUCCUGAUGUCUCAGCGGCUCAAAGGCAGGCGUACCCGGAGUACUACGGUACAAACAUCUGGCCAAGCAACGACAAUAAGUCAAUCCAAGGAUUUGAGCAGGCUUUCAAGGACCUUGGAAAACUGAUCUUCAAGAUUGGGUGUGACUUGGCCGUCGCUUGUCAGCCUUUCGCGUCUUCGCAUCUCGUCGAUUCCUCUGUAUCUCUCGUGGACCUCGUCGCCUCCUCACAAACUACUAAAGCGCGUCUCCUGCACUACUUCCCGCCAUCUCCGGAGAGCCCACUGCCCGCUGAAGACGAACCAAUCGAUAGCUGGUGCGGCUUCCACCUCGACCACUCCCUUCUCACUGGCCUCUGCUCGGCUAUGUUCCUACGCCCCAGUGCCAGCGGCGAGCCCACAAUAGUCCCAUCUCCCUCCCCUUCCUCCGGGCUGUAUAUCCGCACGCGCGGAGGCGCGCUUACCAAGGUCUCGAUCCCGCCCGACAGCCUUGCCUUCCAGACCGGCGAAGCGCUAGAGCUCGCGACCGCCGGUAGCCUACGUGCCACGCCGCACUGCGUGCGCAUCGGCGCUGGAGAGAACGUACAGGACGUCUCACGCGAGACAUUCGCGCUCUUCAUGCAGCCAAACACGAACCAGCAGAUCGCCGCAUCAGAGACGUUCGGGCAAUUCAGCAAGCGCGUGUUCGAACGCCACUACGAACAGGAGACGACGGCGUGA